AUGCCACUUGAAGCCCCUUUCACUUCUCUACCCCUAACCCGGGAUUCGGUGCUUGCUGCGCACGAACUAAUAAAAUCACACAUCCACCGAACUCCCGUUUUAUCAUCAAAGUCCCUCGAUAGCUUUGCAAGUACCCCACGAAGCACUACAAUUGAAGGUAUUCAUAAUGCCCGCUCUGUAGAUGCCAAUAAUGCGGCCAAACCAAAGAUUAGGUUUAUCUUCAAGGCUGAGAAUUUGCAGAGGGGUGGGGCAUUUAAGAUUCGAGGAGCAACCCAUGCCCUUUCACAUCUAACCCCCCUCCAAGCCUCAAAAGGCGUGAUAACUCAUUCCUCAGGGAACCAUGCUCAAGCUCUAGCAAUCGCCUCGUCGUCCCAUGUCCCUCCAAUACCUUGUACAGUAAUAAUGCCAUCAAUCUCCACACCGUCAAAGAUAGCAGCAACAAAGGGAUAUGGUGCAAAUGUUGUAUUCUCUGGCUCCACAGCACCCGAGCGGGAAGCCAAGGUACUAGAAGAGCAGUCAAAGACUGGAGCGACUUUGAUCCCGCCGUAUGAUCACCCUUGGAUAUUACUAGGACAGGGAACCGUAGCGCUAGAGUUAGUUGAACAGGCUGAAGAGGUUGGAAGGAAACUCGAUGCUAUCAUUGCGCCAUGUGGGGGUGGGGGUCUACUAAGCGGUAUUGCGACGGCUUGCGAAGGAACUGGAAUUAAGGUAUUCGGUGCAGAACCGAGGAAAGAUGGAGGAAAUGAUUGCGAAAGAGGACUUAAGAGGGGGAAACGAGUUGAGGAAGUGAAGACUUUGACGAUUGCAGAUGGACUUCGGACGCCUACGGGAGUAAUUACGUAUGGAAUUAUUGAGAAGAAAGUGGAAGGGGUGUUCAGCGUUACUGAAUGGGAGAUUCUACAGGCCACGAGGUUGGUUCUGGAGAGGUUAAAGGUUGUGGUCGAACCCAGCGCGGUUGUGGGGUUGGCAGUGGCGUUAUUUGAUGAAGGGUUUAGGAAACUCGUGGAGAAGGAGGGUGGAGAGGAAGGGUGGAAUGUUGGGGUAGUGUUCUCGGGGGGGAAUACGACUGUGGAGAUGUUGGCUGGGGUGUUUGGACGGGAGGAGGAGUUUAAAGGACAGCAGGACGAACUUCUACGGCAGGAUUUGUGA